GAGUGAAAAACAAAAAUGGCCGCCUCUUGGAUUGAGAAAGUUGGCGAAGUGUAAAGAUGACUUUAUAUUCAAGUAUUGAGCAAGUUGGGCUACUACCAGCGGAGAAUGGCCAGACGCAGAGUGGAUAUUAACACAGCAACAGUCAGUGAGCUCGAGACACUAGUGGGUGUAGGCACACGCAAAGCUGAAGCCAUUGUCAAGCACAGGAAGGAAUUGGGAGCUUUUGAAAACAUUGGUGCCUUAAGCCAGGUAGCUGGUAUCGGCAGCAGUAUUGUAGAUCAGAACAAAAGGAGAUUAUCUUGUCGACCUGUGACUUCCUCGGCCAAAUCUCGAAAUUCUGGUGAAAGCAGUAGUUCCAGUCGUCAGAGCAGGCUGACACGGCGGUUGUCUCGACUGUUCGUCACAGUGGAGCGGAGGGAGGAGGACGCAACAGCCCCUACAACUAGCAAUGCACGUCAGUCCAGAGGGAAUGAUGCACGAUUGAAAGAACAGCCAAAGGUUGAAACUCCUGAAAUAUCCAGUUCUGAUGAUGCAAAUCCUGACUCGCAGGGUGACACAGACACGCCAUGGGACUGCGUGGAAGACAACAUGGAACUGCCAUCACAGGAAGAAAACUGUGAGCAUGUGAGCCCUGACAACGACCAUGAUGAUGACAGCAGUAGCAGCAGCGACGAGGACGAAGAGCGGGACAGUGAGGACAACCCGGACGAGGAGGACAGUGAAGAGGAGGAGGAUGGGAAGGACUGCCAGCAGGUGCAUCCAGACUGUCACUGCCGACAUCGACUAACAGAGGCAACUGGCUGCUGCAAACACACAGUAAAGAGGAGGAAGCCAGGCAGCAGUAAAGAUGAUGGCGCCUCCCCCAGCAAGAAGUUCUGUGGCAUUGGAGAUGGACACAGUGCAUUUACAAGCUGGAAGUUGUCCACGCGUCCCACUGUUCCCAUCUCCAGACAGAGAAUACCCUCCAAGGAGAAUCCCCCUCCCAAGCUGGCAGAGUGGCUGCAGACAUUCCAGGCGUGGAGCAAUGCUGAGCGGCUCAUGGCCGUGGAUGAGCUGAUAGCUAUCUGUGAGCCAACUCAGGUCCGUCACAUGAUGCAGGUCAUCGAGCCCCAGUUUCAGAGAGACUUCAUAUCACUACUGCCAAAAGAGUUGGCUCUGUAUGUAUUAUCGUUCCUUGAGCCAAAAGAUCUGCUGAGAGCUGCUCAAACCUGUCGGUACUGGCGGAUCCUGGCCGAGGACAACCUCCUGUGGCGUGAGAAGUGUCGGGAAGAGUCUGUGGAUGAGAGUCUAGUUUAUGGCAGUCACAAGUUCAAGAAGCCAAGAGCGCAUCGUAGUCCAUGGAAGGCUCUCUACAUGAGGCAGUAUCAAAUCGAACAAAACUGGCGCACCGGUGCUAUAAGACCUCCAAAGGUAUUGAAAGGCCAUGAUGAUCAUGUGAUCACUUGCCUUGAAUUCUGUGGGACUCGUAUUGUCAGCGGCUCAGAUGACAACACACUCAAAGUAUGGUCUGCUAUCUCUGGCAAGUGCCUGCGUACCCUUGUGGGUCACACUGGAGGGGUGUGGUCAUCCCAGAUGUCCGGUCUGACCGUCAUAAGCGGCUCAACUGACCGUACGCUCAAAGUGUGGAAUGCUGAGACGGGUGUGUGUAAACACACACUGUAUGGUCACACAUCCACUGUCAGGUGCAUGAGUCUCUGUGGGAACAAAGUUGUGAGUGGUUCUCGUGACGCCACUCUCCGCGUAUGGGACAUCGAGUCUGGCCAGUGUCUGCAUGUCCUGAUGGGCCAUGUGGCAGCUGUCCGGUGUGUCCAGUAUGAUGGCCGCCGCGUGGUCAGCGGGGCGUAUGACUACACCGUCCGUGUGUGGGACCCAGAGACAGAGUCGUGUUUACACACACUUCAGGGACACACAAACAGAGUCUACUCACUACAGUUUGACGGGGUCCAUGUGGUGAGUGGAUCGCUGGAUACCUCCAUCAGAGUGUGGGAUGUGGAGACGGGCAACUGUCUGCAUACCCUCAUCGGUCACCAGUCACUGACCAGUGGUCUAGAGCUGAAGGACAACAUACUUGUGUCGGGCAAUGCAGACUCUACGGUCAAGGUCUGGGACAUCACCACUGGCCAGUGCUUGCAGACACUACAAGGGCCAAACAAACAUCAAAGUGCUGUAACCUGUCUCCAGUUUAAUAAGAAAUUUGUGAUAACUUCAUCUGAUGAUGGAACAGUCAAAAUCUGGGACUUGAAACAUGGCGACUUUCUCCGGAACCUGGUCGCCCUUGACAGUGGUGGCAGUGGGGGAGUAGUAUGGCGACUUCGCUGCAACAACACAAAACUUGUCUGUGCUGUGGGCAGUCGCAACGGCACCGAGGAGACAAAACUGCUCGUGUUGGACUUCGAUGUUGAGGACAAGAAGAUACCCUGUGUUACAUGAGACCAAAUAAUCUCUACCUUUUGAAGUGGGUCAAGUUAGUGCUCAGUGGUUUAAAAGCACACAUGAAAUAUUGGUUCUUAGUGUCACAAGAGAGAGUGGGCAACGGAACUAGGAGUCUACAACGACACUGUGGUGCGUUUCCUGAAUAACCAUUAGCUUGGAGACUUGUUUGACUUGAUCAUAUGAUUUUAUGACUAUUUCUAUGGAUUGUCGGAUUGUCAUUGGUGCUUAUAUCGUCUCAAUGUGAUAGCAUCUAAAAGUGGAAUGAACACAAAUUGACAUAUUGUGAAUUUCUUUUCCUUUGUAUGAUUGACUUGGUGUUAUCAGUGUGAGGUACUUCGUUACCAGUUAAUGGGCAUCUCGGUCAUGGAACAGGUUGCAGCUGGUUUUCAAGUCAUGUACAUGACUUUGACUCUCUAGAAGAGUGUGUAAUUACCACGCCGGAGGAGUACAGAUGAAUUGUAAAUAUGUGUAUGUAUGCAUCAAACCUGAUAAAUGGCAAGACUGAAUGUCAGCAUCUUAGGUGCUGCGCAGUGUAUAUACGUAGAAGCAUUGGAUGGAACAGUUGACCAAUGUCAAGUCACUGAUGGUCACUGGUAAGUCCCCCCCCCCCUGUAGACAUGGGGACAUUACAAUCAAAGGCCACUUUGUGCAUACAUGGAGAUACACUAUAGUCCUGGGCUGCUGAGUACAACUGUACUUGGCUACUGAGGAGUCGCAUGGCUAUCACUGAUUAGAAUAUAAUUCUUAAGUUAAUAGGAUGAGUUUUUUAUACAAUGAAUUUUUUAUGGCAGUGAUAAUCCAGGAAAAAUGGUGAAACCAUAAUCAGCAAAUGUUAAACUAUUCUUAAAGCACAUGAAUAAUUUACACAGACAAGCUCAAAAGUAUGUUCACUUCUAUGGCAGUUUCAAUUUUAUGAGGAUUUUUUCUAUGUGAAAGGAUGAAAAGAAUGGUCAUAUUUACUGAUCAACAAUUGAUUGGGAAAACAUGUAGAAGCCCCAACCAAGCUAAGAUUAGCAGUUCACAGGAGAAUAUCAGAAGAAUGUGACUGUCUCGAUAACACUUUGUGCCACAGACGACUUAGUAAACCUGCCUAUUAAAGUGUACAUAUGUACUGUGUAUAGUCUGAGUUGAGGCUGGUAUGAUAUGCUAAAUAUUACCAGGCAUGGGAUGUCAUUCAGAAGUAAUAUCUCAGUAUUAUUGUUAUCAUUAUUGUUACAGACCAUCCUACUGUAACAGGAAUCAUACUGUAACAACUGACACAAAAUGGUACUAGUUAGAUACACAGAGUAUGAUUGGUUGCACAGGAGUGAUGUUAUAAACUAGAGUCAAAAAGCAUUUACCAGGUCAUAGAAAAUGGAACAAUUGUUCACAAAGCUUUUCUAUCAUAUGAAAGGAACUUAUAAAGGAUUGUUUUAAUGUCACAAUUUCAGAAACAUUAAAGUCAUUACAGGUAAAGGGUUGAUAAGAACAAUUGUUAUUUGGUGGACCAUUUCUCUCCUUAAUAGGGGCAGUGGGGUAGCCUAGUUGGUAAAGCGUUCACACGUCACGCCGAAGACCCAGUUCGAUUUCCUACAUGUGUACAAUGUGGGAAGCCCAUUUCUGGUGAUACAUACUUCAAUACUCGAGUAUUGAUACUUCAUUACCACGCUAGCUUCAUGUAGAACUUCGUAAAUACGACUUGUAAAUUUGAUACAGAAUUGAAUGAGGUUGUGUCCUGAGGUUUGUAUUUGUGAUGCGGUCCUACAUCAGUGAAUCGGGAAGGUCGACCUUUUUCUGAUGACAUCCCAUGCCAGGAGGAAGUGGUGCGGUGUGCAUUUAUGGAGCUUGAGUGAUUGUGAGUUGAGUAGUCUCUCUGCUGAUAUUAUGUAAAUAUAUGCUGUAUUCAUCAGCUAGGGUCUCUCUUGUAUGGUGGAUGUGCACCCGGGGACGGACUGGCUGGACUGAUGGGUGUAUGGCAGGAAGUGCUAAAGAUGAGUCAGAACAGCUUAUUACAAUAGACCUUGUACAUCAUUGUCAGGCUAAACCUAUAAGUUCUCAUGUUUACUAUUUCUUAUCAAAACAGUGUCAGCAGCUAAGAAUAUAAUAAUCAUGAUAAUGUUGUCUUUACCAACCACGUUCAUAGCAUACAUCUUUGUAUGAAUAAAUAUUUGUGUGAAAAUCUGUUUUAGUGUAUGGAAAAUUGAAUUAUUCUAAAUGUUUCAAAAUUCAUUCAAUAUUUUUUGUACAAUCUGUUUAGAACUGUCAGUAUUUUGUGGUCUGGUAACAGCUUGUUAUGGGGAAAAUACUGUUUGUAUGUUACUUUAUCCAUCAGCCUGCAGUGCUAUGACAUUAGGAAUGAUAAGAUUUUGGUGGAAUGAAUUCAUUGUAAAGGGUGGUAGUACAUCAUUGAAAUGUCACAAAGUGCCCAGUUUAACAUGUUGAAUAUUAGAUCUGAUUAAGGCAGUUAGCCAACAGACUGUGGUAUUUGUCAGUAGUUCUCUACAGACCUUGUCUUGAGUCUACCACAGGGGUUGUAUCAACGUGAAUUCAGCACUUAGUAGCUGAAUAUGGAAAGGAUAACCUAUCAACAUUCUCAGGCUUCAAAAACAUUGUAUUUUGCCCAUUUCUCUUUCUGAUCGAAUGCCUUAAGACAAUCCUCUGUCCUAUCUAGGACAUAUUUGACAGGCAUUUUGGAAGUUAGCAAGUAACAGUAAAAGCGGGAUACUUUUAUGGAUGACAACAUGUGUAUUAUAUUAUGAUGCAACAUUUGAGUAUACACCCUCACAGGGUUGUCAAGCAAGUGUUCAGGGUAUCUUUACUGAAACAUUGCAUAAUAAUGUUGAAGAAGUUGUCAUCCAUGAAAGUGUCUUACCUUUAUUUAUUGCAAUCCAGGAGACAGGUAUUAUUAUGUGAAGUUGUGUGGUGUAGUUUUCACACAUAAAUGGUUUAAUGAUUUUAACUCGAUGAAAACACAUGUAAUGGUAUCCAUCUUGUCUUUCCUGUUUCAAUCCUAAGCAUACUAAGUGAUUUAAAUGAAGCACUGAUCCAGUUUCAGUUAUUCAUCAUGUAAGUAGUACUCUGCUACAUGGCCGAAGUCAAUGAAACUAUCUCCCCUUUCUGUUUUUGCUUAUCUUUCACUGUUGUGCUAGAAUUGUUGUGGUCUGCAUUGAGGAAAGGAAGGUUGACAGUCUGUUGGAAGCAAAUCAAUAUCUUUAUUUUUUUGCUGUUACACAAUCUUUCUAAUAACAUUUUGAGGUACUCUCUGCAGUAAAGUGAGGUCAGUUAUUAAAUAUAUCCAGUAUAUUUCUCUUGAAAACACCUUUCAACAAGGAUCUAAUCUGGAAAAAAACAAAUGAACCUAAAAUACGCACCCUUGGUCAGAGAAGCAUUUUGACAAGAGAAACUGAUUUUGCUUUCUUAUUGAAGAUCGUUUACUUUCAUGAAUUUUAUGUUAGGUAAGAUUGUUUGAAAUUUAUGGUAUAAUUUUUGUACAUUUAUUUACAUGAAUAAUUUCUGUGAGAUCAUGGAUGCCGACUGAUCACAAGAUGUAGUAUUAAUCAACAGAAAUAACUCUCUGUUAAAACUAUUGUACAGUGUCAUAUUAUUGCAGUUCUGUGGAAACAAAUUUCUUUGGAUUAUCUCGCUACCAAAAUGAAUUAGAUUGGACCUUUUAAACGAAAAAAGGUGGUUAGGUUUUGUUUUGUGAAGGGGAAGUAUCAGAAUUUGUACACUCAUUGUCAGUAAUGCACAGGUUUGUAUAUUCCUGCAUUACCUGUUAACACAUUCAACUACUGAGUGAACCUCUGAGUGGGUCGCUAGUCAGGUAAAUUUAUUCUGUGUUUAACAACCAGAUGUCAAAUCAGCCAGACAAUGGUGCAUGAACUCAACCCAACUGUUUAGUAAUUUUGAAGAAAUGGGUAGGAACCCAUAAAGUAAAAGCUCAUUGGUCAGGGCACUUGUUGGUUUCAUAUGGAACCCUGGCCUUGCCUUGAUUCUAUGGUUAUAAUUAGCCUCAUGCUAAGGAGUACCUGCUAAGGGAUUUCCCUUUAUCUGUUGGGAUGAACUUGUCUCUCAGCAUCAGUUCCAGUUGAUGUUACUGCUAAUGGGGGUUAAUCUUGAAACUGCUUCUUGUAUCCCCCACCAUGAUAUUGCUGGAAUAUUGCAAAAGCGCCUAAAACCUCACUCACUCCCAUAUUUUAAACUGACCUUCCCAAACUGUAUGGAAUUGUACCAGAUUCAGAAUACCUUCUUAUGUCAGAGACUGCGUAAUGUAGUCCUGUAAACAAAUGUUGAAACUAGGCAAGAAUAUAUUAAUGAAUACUCAAAACCAUGAUUGUACCAGAAAAUGAAGAUGAGCAGUGUUAGAAAUCUUGUUUGCAUCACUGAAUGAAUAUCACUGAGAAAAGUGCUAUUGUUAAGAGACAUAGAAGGUGGUGGGAUGUGGGUUGAGAGGAAAGAAGGCCUGAAGAGUGGACCCACACUGCGAGGUGUCUUGCUGCAGUUGUUGUGCAGAAGAGUCAUAAAAACCAAUAUUGUGGAUUGAAUGUCAUAACUUAUAUGUAUUGAUUGUUGAUCAGAUGUUUUCUUUUACUUGGAAUUUUCUUCCAUGGCAUUUUCAACUACAAUAUGAGAAAAAAUGUCUUUUACCUAUAAACUUAGCACAAAUUACCCUGUCUCAUGGGAAAUCUGGAGUACUUAUUUCUUUCAAUUGUUUCUUUGCCCAAAUGUAUCUGUUGAAGUGGAAGGUCUUUGUGAAAAUACAUGUUGAACGAGUUGUCAGACAAAUAUGACACUUCUGCACAUUUUUACAGGGGAGUAAGAAUUAUUUUUGUGUUUAGGAUUUUGUUUUUGUUGUUGUUAAUGUAUGUAAAUAUGAAAAGUAAUUUAUGUAAAAAAAAAACCUUGUCUAUGGACCAUUUGCUAAAGAUGUUAAUUAGUGCUUUGAAGACAUUAACUGAACGGGGAACUCUACGAACCAAUGGUUUCAUACCAUUUGGCCUGCAUGUUAUUGUGCCCAGAGUGAAAUUAUUUUGGUAAAUGGAAAAAAGUAGAGUUUUACACAUUACUUCAGGUUAAUAUGAGAUUAAACUGGAGGCAAUGUAUGCUUAUAGUCUCUUGAAAUGAGAGUUAUACAAUAAAACGUACAAAAUUUACAGAAUUUAGAAGGGGAAAAUCUGUCACAACCAGUCUUGAUGUGGUCUAGCACAAAUUUAUAUUGUUCUUUUUUCUCUUUGUUAAAGAAGUGAUGAUAUCUAGUCAGUGAUGACAAAUCUUGAGAUGUGGUUCUUCUUAUUGACAGGAAAUAUUUAAUAACUAACUCACCAUUAACUGUAUCAGUAACUAGGAAACACAUUAGGACUUAUGUGAAUUGUUACCACACCUUGGUGGAACAAGCGGUUUCUGUUUUAACAACUACUGACAAUAGGGAGGGGGGAGCAGUGAUGUUUAACUUUAGAGAAUGAAGUGCAGCUGAUAUUAUGUGUGAUGCUACUUCUGCAGUUGUAGGUGGUCUGAUAUUCUGUUUGUGAUGAAGCUGUUUUAUGACUGUUUGGGGAAGGAUGUCGAAGUGAGUGAUACACCAUUACAUACAACUGGUCUUGUCGAAGGUGGAAUCAUAAAAUUUCAUAUGGUAAAUAAACCAAAGUAUGAAAAUAAAA